AGCGGAUCGUGGACCAAGUGAUAUUCAAUCGCCUACCGAACGAUGUGUCGUGUUACAGUUUUUGAAUAAAACGUGAAUCGUAACUUUUAUAAUUAAUACCAGUCGUUCGAUAAAUCGUUUUGAAAAGUUGUCGCUGUACAAAAAAGCUUAACACAAAAUACUAUUCAUUUUCGAUAUAUUUUUUUUUUUUCAUAAAAACUCGUUAAGACGCGAAGUGUAUUCGCAGAUAACAUCAGUCAAAGGAUUCUCAAGAUGGCAACGUGGUGCUCUGCAGUAAUGGUAUUGCUAGCUGUUGGCCGAGGUCUGGGCCGACCCGAAGCACCGCUCACCGGUUUCGGCGGAGGUGGUGGUGGAUUCCCGGGGCUCACGCUGGACAGCUACGCGGCGCCGAUCAGUGGCGGCAGCAGCAGUGGACCGUACCCUAGUGGCGGCCCACCACCACAAUACGGACCACCGCAACAGGCGCCCGUCAUACACAAGCACGUGUACGUGCACGUUCCACCCCCAGAGCCCACGUACUACGCUCCGAAAAAGCCCGUGCAGCCACCCCCACCACCCCAAAAACACUACAAGAUCGUGUUCAUUAAGGCACCCACACCACCACCGCCCACCGUUCCGGAUAUACCGGCAAUCGCGCCGCCGGCCGAGCAGAAAACGCUCAUCUACGUGCUAGUGAAGAAACCAGACGAAGCGCCAGAGAUCCACAUCCCGACUCCCGCGCCCACGCAGCCAUCCAAACCGGAAGUCUACUUCAUCAGAUACAAGACACAGAAACAAGAAGGCUACCCCAACUCGGUGGCAUCAGAGUACGGAGCCCCUGCGAGUCCGUCUCCAUCGAUUCCGUCGGACACGUACGGCUCCCCAUCACCAUCCACAGGAUACGGCUCGCCCAGCGGUCCGGGAUCACUGUACUGAUGGAAAAAUAAACUGCCACCGAAUCAAGACCAAGACACGACGCUAUGAUAUGAUAUUUAAGUCGUCUAUUAUAUACAUAGUUACUACACGGUCCGAAAAUGAAAAUGAUUAGAUUUUAUUAAACAAGCAAUAUCAAAUAAAAUAAGGGUAUAUUUAUAGGUUAUGCACGCCGACACAUUGCGCAGUUGUACAUUAUAUUGUUGUUAUUAUUAUUAUUAUAUUAAUUAUAUCCGAACGUAGGACGACGAUAAUAACUCGUAUAUAUAUAUAUAUAUAUUAUUAUUAUUAUUAUUAAAUUUAGUGUUGCCAUAAGAGAAAAAAUCUUAGAAUAUGAGAAAAGUCAGUUUCAAUAAUAGGUAAUGUAUAUUUAACGACCUAUUAUUGUUAUUAAAAGAAAAAACAAGAUGAUCCCCAAAAGAUUCCGUCUCGAAAUUUACAUAGUAAUAUAAUAAUAGCCAAUAGAUAUAUUAUUGCAGUCAAUACAUACAACGACCGAC